CAUGCCCAUGUGUUGUGACCUGCAAUGAGCUCAUACUCUCGUGGUGCGUCAAGUUGUUGAUAUUCAGAAAUUUCGAAAAAUUGGUAUUAAUUUAAAUUAAGAGUUUUUUUAUUUAAGCGUGACAGUGAAUUAUUUAUAUAAUCAUGGCCAAUAUUGGAGACGUUUCUGCCAAUCAACUUAUGACUGGAGCAAGUGUUCUGUCACGACCUGCUGAAGAAUUUGAAAAUGAUCAAACAAUUGAAGCUAUGUGGGCAAUGAAGUGUAUGCAACAUGCAAACAUUUAUUUUAAUCUCUUAAGUUCAGUUGAUCCAAAAAAUUUAAAACUCACACCUCAUGAUGAUGUCAUUUACAAAGCAUUUAGAGACCUCUUUCCAGAUUUUAAAAUUGAUGUUAUUAAUGAAGAUGAGCUUAAAUCGCCAGCUAGCAAAGAGAAGUGGAGACCAUUUUGUGAAAAAUUCAAAGAUACUGUGGAGGACUAUAGUUUUGGUACAUUAAUCAGGGCUGACUGCAAAGAAGAUUAUAGUCAAGAAAAUAGUAUCCUCACAACAAGAAUACAAUUUAUUGCAAUAGAAACAGCAAGAAAUAGAGAAGGUUUCAAUGACAUCGUAAGAAGCAAAUUUUCAACGCCAAAAUGUUGACAAACUUGAUAUCUU